AUGUAAAAACCGAUAUAACGAAGACAGGAAAUACCGCAAUUUGCCCCCUCCGCGCCGGAGACCGGCGGAAUCCCCAUUAAACGUAUAAAACACUCCGCACUGCCGGUCCGGUCAGUUCACUGUAGACUUCCAACAUGGCUUUGACCUCAUCUGUCGCGUGUCUCCUGGUACUCGCCCUCGCCUCCGCCUCGCCGGUGGAGGAGUCCCGGCAUCAGAGGGAGCUCAGGGAACAUUACCAACAUCUGUCCUACAUAGCAGACUACUCCUGCCAUCAUCCCCAAGCUAGGUCUGUGCCCGUGCAUGAGCUGAUGUCUCCGUACCAGACCCGAGGAAAAGCUUACUUCCCUGAGUACACGGUUCUGCACCGGUGCGAUGUAUUUGCUGGUUGCUGCGAGGGACCCAAGAAGUGUGGUCCUCUCCAUGCUGAGAGCCUACAUCUUCCCUUCAAGGUCACCUACCUGGAGGACAUGGGUGAACACCACAAGGGCGAAUGGGAGAUGGAGUACGUCUCAUUCGACAACCAUACGGUCUGCGGGUGCUUAGACCAUCAGGGACUGUACAAACCAGAAGUAAACUACCCUCCAGCAGACAAGGACCACCGUAAGAAAGGUCCCCAUAGGGAAGAGCACCAUGGGGAGGAUCACCAUGGAAACCACCAUGAGGAGGACCACGAACACGGAGACCACCAUGAGGAAGACCACGACCACAAAGGACCCAAGCCUAGUAUCGACCAGAGGGUCAAAGUGAAAGGCUCGUACGACGAGGACCGGGAACAUCAGUAUUCUUCAGGGGACAAGGAUGACAAAACCUACAGCAGCAGACCAUCGAAAAGGCCGGAUUCCAACAAGAAAAUCGACACAUUGUACAUUACUAUCUAAGUAUUUUAGUGUUUAGGUCAAUAAAUUAUUUGUUUAAGAUA